AUGGCUUUGGGUUCGGAAAACAUGAUGUACCACCAGCAACAGCCAGCUACAGCUCAAAAAUUCCAAUAUCAAAAACAAGUCCUGCACACACCACCACGUGAAGUUCUGAGGACACGUAAUGUAAACCAAAGAUCUAUUGCACCUGCCCCCUACAACAAACCCUCAUCGAAGUCGGAGGGCACCACCUUGGAUUCUAACAAUCCCUCGGUUAUUCGUCGCAAUGCCCGUGAGCGUAAUCGCGUCAAGCAAGUCAAUGAUGGCUUCAGCCAUUUGCGCCAACACAUUCCCACUGCCAUCAUUGCUGAGAUUAGCAAUGGUCGUCGCGGCAUUGGUCCAGGCGCCGAUAAGAAACUUAGCAAAGUUGAUACCCUACGCAUGGCUGCCGAAUAUAUUCGUCGUCUAAAGAAACUUAUUGAAGAUGUUGACAGUGGCAGUGAUAGCUCCAGUGUAUCAUCGUAUGGCAGUACUCCCUUCUCGGGUGCUUCGCCAUCCUACAGCAGCUCCUCCAACAGUGGUUCUCCACCACCACCACCAGCUGCAGUGCAACAACAAUCCAACAAUAUGUCAUACCACAACAUGUACUACCAACAACAAACACAAUUCUAUAGCCAACCACCACAUCAUCCAUCGCUAAGUUAUGCUGGCAGUUUCCAACAACAUAAUCUCAUUUCGCCAGCCAAUUCAACCUCGUCCUCAACCUACUCCUCCGAAAUGUAUCCACAACAGGAAUCAUCACCACAACACUAUCAAUCAUCCGGUUUCGAAUAUGCCAAUAAUAUUACACCAGCAACAACUCCAAUUAAGUUCGAACCUGUCUCAUCCUUUGAGGAAUAUCACAAUCAGAAUAGCAACAGUUCCUCCUCGGCCGAAGAUGAAGAAGUUUUGGAUUUCAUUUCACUGUGGCAAGAUGAGUAA